UGCAUAAACAAAAUAAUAGCAGAGACAAACCUGCAGGCACCUAUAAGAGCUGCAGAAAGAAAUUCAGAAUACAAGGGACAAGAGCCACUGAGAGGAUGAAGUGUGUUGCCGUUGCUGUGUUGCUCAGUGUUGUCUCACUGGGAAGCUCUGCUCCUUCAAGUAGCUGUGACAGUCUGUUAAAACCAGUAAUCAUCAGCAAAGAAGACCUGUUGGGUAGAUGGCUGCACAUCGGGUCGAGCUCCGACAUCCCAGGGAGCCGCUCCCUAGGCCACAUGACGGACGAUCUCUGGUUUAACAUCUCUGAAACCACCCAGAGCGACGUCCUGAACAUCAUCCAGGCUCAGAGAAUGUCUGGUGAAUGUUUUACCUUUGUUUACAACGUGACCUUUGAAAACAGCACAGUGACAAUGGAGCAUCCUUUCUACAUGAAGGAGGUCUUCCUAGCAACUGACAGCCCUGACAGUUUGGUUUCUUAUGGAAAAAUCUUCCUCGGGAAAAAUACUUUCACCAGUCUUUAUCUGUCCAGCAGGAGAAGGAGCGUCUCACCUGCUGCUGUGGAGAUAUUAAAGAAACAAGCAGAAUGUCUCCGCCUGCCGUCACCCAUGAUGCUUAGCUCAACCCAUGAAAUGUGCCCUGACACGUUCCAGGAUUCCUGGGGACUUGACGCCCUCCUGCCCUUUUUAACGGACAACGUCGUAAAUCGAGUUGCAAGACUCAUGGAUACUAUUUUUGACAUUUUUGUGAACUGAUUGAGAAGCACUGCAUUAUUCUCAGAUAUUUAUCGUUAGUGACAAUAACAAUAAUAAUAAUAAUAAUAAUACUAAUAAUAAGUCUGCAGUUAUCCACUCCUACCUGAAUGACCAACGCUCCAAUCUGCCUACCUCUUAUAUUCUCAAACACAUCAUCAACUACAUCUUGCAUCUGUAUAACAUCAGAAUCUACAUGUUUCUGCUCAAGGUUUCUUCCUGUUAAAAGGGAGUUUUUCCAUAUCACCUUCAGGCUUGGUGUGGAGAUUCAGGCUGGGUUUUCUAAGGCCUCUUGAGACAAUUUGCACUGUUAUAUGAAUACAGUUGAAUUAAAAUUGCAUUGAAUAGCAUGUAGAAAAUGAAAUACACAAUAAAACAUUGAUUUAACACCA